AUGGCUUUUGCCUAUAUUCAAAGAUGGAAACUCCACCACCUUGCUGGGCAACCUGUGCUAGCACUUGGUCACCCCCACAGUGAAAAAGUGUUGCCUGACAUUCAGAGGGAACCUCCUGUGCCUCAUUCAGUGCCCAUUGCCUCUGGUCCUGGAACUGGGCACCACCGAAAAGAGCCUGGCUCCAUCCUCUCUGCACCCUCCCCGCAGGUAUUUAUACACAUUGGCCGUGCUGUCCGGUCCCUCCUUUACCGUCCCGUGCCAUUUAAAGCUCGGAAGAGGUUUAUCUGCAUUUAUCCAGCAUAUUUGAAUAACAAGAAGACAAUAGCAGAAGGAAGAAGGAUACCUAUAGACAAGGCUGUUGAAAAUCCCACAUCUACGGAAAUCCAAGAUGUAUGUGCAGCAGUAGGAUUCAAUGUGCUAUUAGAGAAAAAUAAAAUGUAUCCUAGAGAGUGGAACAGAGACGUGCAGUACAGAGGUAGAGUACGAAUCCAGCUUAAACAGGAUGAUGGCAGCCCAUGUUUACCUCAGUUUCCAACACGUAAAUCGGUGAUGCUGUAUGCUGCAGAAACCAUUCCCAAACUGAAAACAAGAACCCAAAAGAUGGGAGGUAGUGAUCAAAGUCUUCAGCAAGGGGAAGGAGGCAAGAAAGGUAAAGGGAAGAAAAAGAAAUGAGCUCGCAUCUGGAAUAAUUGUUACAUCAUACAGUUGUACUUAUGACAAAUAUGGAUGGACGCAUUACUUGCUGCAACUUUGAAGUGAAAGACACAAGAAAUAAACAGGUGGAACUGAAUAGAACUGCCUGCUUUUCUCGGAACUGAACUGGAAUGCAUGUAGCUGCCUCGCAUCUGUGUAACAACAAAUCUGUCUUCACACACAACCUGCAAGUCAGAAGCUAGCAUCUGCUUUUAAAAGUGGAAGAAUAUAAACAAAUGGGGUGGGUGGGAGAAUUACUCUUUCUGGAAGAAAUAUGCAGCUUUUGAAUAAAUAAGUACAUGAAUAUUCUUAUGCAGACUAGAUAUCUGAAAACUGGUUGCCUUAGUAAACCAUCUAUCUAUGCUAGUGAAGUGAUUGUCUUAAUUCUGGAGAGUCUUGAUCACUAACAGAAAAAUGUACAUCAGUGAAGUUAUGGCUCUGUAAACUUCUCUUGUUAAUAAUUUCUCACAACUGUCAAGUGUACUAAUAAAAGCAACAUGUUAAUUUAAAAA